CUUUGACACGUUUGACACUGAAUUUUGACAGCGAUAAAUAAUGGGCACUUGAAGAUAACUUUUCUUCCAAUAUUUUUAGGAAUUAACGUGUUUUUUUAAAAAAAUCUUUAUAACAACUCUUAGAUUUUAUAUAAGGCGAUUCCCUAGGCUAGGACACGCUAUAAAAUGUCUCAGGAACACAUUGGUUACCAUUCGAAAAGAAGUUCUUUGAUCAGUAAUCAUUCUGAUGAAGACGAUAUUGAGGUAAAGCAUUCAUCACUGAGCUACAAAGAACGCAGAAGGGAAGCUCAUACACAGGCAGAACAGAAAAGAAGGGACGCUAUUAAGAAAGGAUACGAUACUUUACAAGAACUAGUUCCUACUUGCCAACAAACGGAUGUAUCAGGGUAUAAGCUAAGUAAAGCUACAGUUUUACAAAAGUCUAUAGACUAUAUCCAAUAUUUACAACAACAGAAAAAGAAACAGGAAGAAGAGAGAAACGCUCUACGUAAAGAAGUGAUAGCAUUGAGAAUAAUGCAGACCAAUUAUGAGCAAAUCGUGAAGGCUCAACAGUCCCAGCCUGGACAUACAGAGACACCGGUUUCCGAUGAAGUAAAAUUUUCUGUUUUUCAGGCUAUUAUGGAGCAGUUGUUUGUAACAUUUAGCUCAGUCUCUGUGAGUAAUUUUACAGAGUUAUCUGCCGGAGUUUUUGGAUGGUUAGAAGAAUAUUGUAAGCCACAAACACUAAAAGAUACGGUUUUUCAAGUGUUACGUCGGCACAACGGCCAAUUGCGUGGAUGAUUUUUAAUAUUUACCAGGAAAAAAACCUUUAUACAUAUAGAAUUUUAUUUUUUUAUUAUUUAGAAGUCUAUAAAAUAGAAUUUUAGUACUUUUUACGUUUAAAUUUUGAGAGAAAAAUCAAGCUCAACAUAUAUAUGAAUAUUUCGAUGUACAAAUAUGAAUUGUGAAUAGUUUAUAUAGCUUUUUGUGUAUAUGAAGGCGAAUGUGAUGGUAUUUAUAGAAUAUUUUUGUUAAUUGUUGCAGUAUAAUAUAUACUUUAUAUAUUUUUAAUAUA